UUAUUUACGAAACUCGGAAGACCCGACAGUUGGAGCGAAAAUCAAAAACAAAAAAAUCCAAUCUACGUAUUUGCCCCCAGUAUCUAUUCCUAAUUUCGCAAGCAGGUCAACCACUAACAUUUGCUUCCUUUACACGCUGGGCUUGGAUCGUAAAUAAAUCCAAAAGAAAAGGGUAGUUUCGUCACAUGACAUUACACACACACUUCAAGCUCCCACAGUAAUGACGUCCUGACGGCUGCGCGCCUCAACGAAACCGCCACCUGUUUCGCGCUUUUCCUGCAUAUUUUCCCGGAAAAUUCGUGUCAUUCCGUUAGGGAAAACGAGAGAGAGAGAGAGAGAGAGAGUGAGAGAAAAAAACUUCUUCUGAGAACUUUGCUAAGCUCGCCGGAAAUGGCGAUCCCCGAACCCGACCGCCGCCGAGCCAGGGCCGCGAAUCCGGCGAGGGUACCGCUCCGGCGGCUUCUCCGCGUGGCGUCAGUGGCCGCUGGGAUUCAGUUCGGCUGGGCUCUGCAACUCUCUCUCUUGACCCCUUACGUGCAGGAGCUGGGGAUUCCUCACGCGUGGGCGAGCGUGAUAUGGCUCUGCGGACCGCUCUCAGGCCUUCUCGUCCAGCCUCUGGUCGGCCUCAUGAGUGAUCGAAGCACGAGUCGCUUUGGUCGCCGGCGGCCGUUCAUCGUCGCUGGAAUUUGCACGUUAGGUUGGAUAGCAAAUAAGGGUGUUACUUUGUGCAAGAUUUCAGUUUAUGCACUUAACUUACAUGAUUGGAAUAUUUUGUUGCAGAUCACGUAUAGUGUUCCAUAUGCCUUGGUAUCUGCACGUAUUGAGGCUUUGGGUCUUGGCCAAGGGCUGUCAAUGGGCGUCCUGAAUCUGGCAAUAGUGAUCCCACAGGUAGUGGUGUCUCUUGGUAGUGGACCAUGGGAUCAACUAUUUGGUGGUGGAAACUCUCCUGCCUUUGCUGUGGCAGCAGCUGCAGCCUUUGCCAGUGGACUUGUAGCCAUCUUGGCUAUUCCUCGAUCUGGUCCUCCGAAGCCCAGGCCUGUGACAUGAGGAUGAGGCAUUCUGCUUCCAUCUACAAGGGACAUUGGUGGGCACUCAACGGUUGUAGAGAUUGAGAGGACAAAUUAGUCAUAAAGCCGACUUUUUUGCACAGCGUUACCUUGCAAGGUGGGUGUAUUGAAGUAGUGGCUGUCACCAAAUGCUGUGGUGAAAAAAGUAAUCUACAAUUAGUGCAGAAUUUCCAAAUAAAAAUCAGUCCUGCCCGCUUGAAAUGUUGCGUUUUUUGGAUAUUGCCAUGGAAUAGUAGGUGCAGCCACAUCUGUAGAUUCCAAAAUUACUCUCGAGACUACUUCCCUACCAACCAAGAUAAGUUGCUGCGUUUGGAAAUUAUUCCCCAUUGAAAAAGAAAAUAUUAUUAUUAUUUUUUAAUCUUUUACGGCAAAAUAGAUUGUGCUGUAGGUGUUCAAUCAUGAUGUAUGGGAAUCUCAUGUAUUUCGUGCAUGAAAUUGUUGUAUGAAUGAAUGUAGUGAAAUGUGCUUGGUGGCCAACAGUGAAUAUGUGAAUUGUACUGAUUGAAACCUUGACAGAGACAUGUCCCUUUAUGCUCUGAUAUUAUCUUUUUGAAAACUUUGAGUAUUAUU